GUAAAGCUUACACUAGAGGGGCCGGAGGAAGAUGACGAUGAUAGGCUAUCUCCCACUGUUCUUCACAAAAUGUCUAAUAGCCUGGAGAUAUCCUUGUUAAGUGACAACGAGUUCAAGUGCAGGCACUCAUUACCAGAGUGUGGGUAUGGCUUACAGCCGUCGGUGGACCGGUGGACAGAGUACAGCAUACAGACAAUGGAGCCUGAUAACCUGGAACUAAUUGACUUUUUUGCAGAAGAUCUCAGUGAACACGUGGUUCAGGGCAGUGCUCUUCCUGGACACGUGGGUAUGGCAUGCCUCUUGUCAUGCACCAUUGCUGAGAGUGGGAGAAGUGCUGGAGUCCUUACUCUUCCCAUCAUGAGCAGAAAUUCCAGAAAAAUAGGCAAAGUGAGAGUUGAUUUUCUCAUCAUCAAGCCAUUACCAGGAUACAAUUGUUCCAUGGAGUCUUCAUUUUCCAAGUACUGGAAGCCAAGAAUACCAUUGGAUGUUGGAUACCGAGGUGCAGGGAACUCAACCAUAACUGCCCAGCUGGCUAAAGUGCAGGAAAAUACUAUUGCAUCCUUAAGAAAUGCUGCUAGUCAUUGUGCAGCGUUUGUAGAAUUUGAUGUACACCUUUCGAAGGACUUCGUGCCUGUGGUGUAUCAUGAUCUCACCUGUUAUUAGACUAUGAAAAAGAAAUUUGAUGCUGAUCCAGUUGAAUUAUUUGAAAUUCCAGUAAAAGAAUUAACAUUUGACCAACUCCAGUUGUUAAAGCUUGCUCAUGUGACUACACUAAAAUCCAAAGAUCGUAAAGAAUCUGUGGUUGAGGAGGAAAAUUCCUUUUCUGAAAACCAGCCAUUUCCAUCUCUUAAGAUGGUUUUAGAGUCAUUGCCAGAAGAUGUGGGGUUUAACAUAGAAAUAAAAUGGAUCUGUCAACAAAGGGACGGGAUGUGGGAUGGCAACUUGUCAACGUAUUUUGACAUGAACUUGUUUUUGGAUAUAAUUUUAAAAACUGUUUUAGAAAAUUCUGGGAAGAGGAGAAUAGUAUUUUCUUCGUUUGAUGCAGAUAUUUGUACAAUGGUUCGUCAAAAGCAGAACAAAUAUCCCAUAUUAUUUUUGACCCAAGGAAAAUCUGAUAUUUACCCUGAACUCAUGGACCUCAGAUCUCGGACAACCCCUAUUGCAAUGAGCUUUGCACAGUUUGAAAAUCUUCUGGGGAUAAACGCCCAUACUGAAGACCUGCUCCGAAACCCAUCCUAUAUCCAAGAGGCCAAAGCUAAGGGACUGGUCAUAUUCUGCUGGGGUGAUGAUACCAAUGAUCCCGAAAACAGAAGGAAACUGAAGGAAUUUGGAGUUAAUGGUCUAAUUUAUGAUAGGAUAUAUGAUUGGAUGCCUGAGCAGCCAAACAUAUUCCAAGUGGAGCAACUGGAGCGCCUGAAACAAGAACUUCCAGAGCUUAGGAGCUGUCUGUGCCCCACUGUCAGCCACUUUGUUCCCUCCUCUCUGUGUGGGGAGCCUGAAAUCCACGUGGGUGCAAAGGGCAUUGAUAACGUGGAGAACGCUUAGUUUUAGUGCAGAGGCCAGUGAGCAUGCACAGCUUUCCUGAUGGCAGUUUUUAUCACUGAGCAUUGUUAGCUCUGCCUCUUCGGUUUCUCAGUCCAAUGAAGCAAUAAUGAAGUAUUUUAUUCUUUCAUUACAAUUGCAAGAAUUUCAAGUAUGUUAUUUAUCACUUGGCCAGGUAUAAUUACUAGUCAGCCUCUGUAAAGUGAGAAAAUGUAUUAACUGAUAAUAUUUUUAACUAAAUAUGGCAGACUACUCUAAUGUUAAAUCUUCAUUGAAAGCAUAGUACUUUGAAAUUAAUUCUACACAUAUCUCAUUUAUAGUUCUAGCUUUUCAUUUGAUUAGGUCUGAAAUCUUUAGCACUUGACAAAAAUGACUGCAUAAUUAUACCUGACCAUGGAAAAAAUAAGUACCUCAAAUGCAUGCACCUGCACUGGUGAUUCCAACUGCACAGAUCUUUGUGCCAUCUGUGUACAUAGGUAUUUUACACAGAUUGACAUGCACAUGUACCAUUUUCAUUCAGUAUAAACCUCAGACUGCUGCCGUUUUCCCAUUUAACCAAACCAGCCUGGAGGUGAACCUUGUAGCUUGGUUCAGUAAUCUUUCAAAAGUUGUUUUGCAUAAAUGUUAAAAUUCCAGAAUGCUGCAGGGUAACUUAAUGUAUAAAAUAUUAGUAAGAAGUAUAUAUUGCAUAUAUGGUAGAUUCCAAUAUAUAAACUCAUUGACUGCAUGCUUUAGGUUUUAAGCAUGAGAUUGUACAUGUUUACUGUUAAGUUCUUGCAUCUGGUGCUAGGUGAGUGAGACAUUUUCAAGGACAGAAAAUAUUUUGUUGCCUAAAAAACAAAGCCUGAUUGUAGGCAUUUUAAAUAUGCUUAUUUAGUGUCUCACUACCUGAGCCACAGCAUUUGCUCUGUGUGUGCGUGUGUGGUUGUAUGAAUGUGUUACACAGCAGGUAAAUCUCCACACAGAAGAAGAAAUGUCCCAAACUCUCAAACUGAUAUUCUUUAUUGGCUAAUAUAUAUCAUGUAUGUAAUUUAUGUAGGAAUAUAGAUCUUGCUAUAUAUAUGCAUGUUUUUAGGAUUCUAAGAUUUCUUUCAUUAGAAGGAGAUUAUAUUGAUAUUACUGUAACUUAAGAAUGAAUGCUAAAUAAAAUGACAUUUAUUUUUUCCUUCAUAAAAUGGAAUUUCAAGAAUGGUUUUAUAAUGUUACUCUGAAAAAUAGAAAUUUCGUGUUGAUCUGUUGACUGACUUAUGUGCACUUUUUUCUCUGUUUUCUUCCUGGUACUGUUAAUUAAUGUAGUAGCUAAGAACCUAAGACUUGAAAUUAUACACUGUACCACAUUUGUAGUUUUUAAUAACAAUACAGCAAUGCAGUUUUGGCCAGGUC